AUGCAGAUGGGAAUCCACCACUCGGAAUAUCGGCAUGCAGAGAUAUCUAUCAUCUGCCAACUGGGAUCUAGUCCCUCGCUUUGCUUUCCGGGGCCUGGCGAUGUUGGAGAGCCCCACUUCCUCUACUAUUCUAUCACCUCGCCCUUCUUCCCUCGACUUCCCCCGACCUCACUCACCAACCUCAAGAUCCUCGACCGCGCGCCGCAGAGCUCCGUGCUAAGAUCACAAGAGGUCAUCAAGGGGCUGGGGUCUUGGCGCCUGCAGCAGCAGCAUCCAUUCCAGUUGGUUGCUAUCUUCCAAAGAUCCACUCACAAGCUUUCGAGUGCAGCAGGAAGUAUGCCGAGAAAGCCUCACGGAGAGUUCGGGGAAUCGCACCCCAAAGCUCUUCAGGGUUUCCGCAGAGGAAGCGGCGACACAGACCCUGCCCCUAGUCGAAGCACCACUCCCAAGAGCCCCAUCUUCCCGAAUCUCGACCAAGCACACCAGGCCAUCGCUGGUCACUUUCGUUCUCUCCGCACAAAUGCCGCCGAGCUGCCUGGUGUUCCAAGUGUGGACCCGGCGAUUAAUAGCGGCGGACUAGUUGACACGGCGCUGACCAUGGCAGGAAGAAACCCCGCCGACCAGAUGAAGUCGGCCUCCGACUCUGGGCCCGGCCCCACCAAGCCGGCUGCCGGCGACCUACCCGGCGCCAACACCGACCAGCCCCGCUUUUCUCCCGAGCCAGUCUCGGUGCACGACCCUGCCCGCGCUCCCCUCUCUCCUCUCGCUGCCCCCGCCUCUGGCGUUUCGGCGACCGACGACGGCGAUGUCGAGGGCGCGCUGCCGCCCCUUGUUCCACAUGAUGGAACUGGGAGCACCGUGGAGAAGAUCUACGGGCAGCACGCCGCGGCGUCGUCGUCGAGCGGUUUUAACCCGGCCGUGGUUUAUUCCACCACCCCUGCCGCCGACGGGACCGAUGGCCCGUACGGGCCCACCUCAGAGCCCUUCCAGCGUGAAGGAGCUGUCGCUCGCUGUGGUUUCAGAGACCACGAUAAGCCCGAUUCCCCAGCGAUGGGCAACAACAGGGACAGCCUUGCCAGCCAGGGCGCCUUUUCUCUUGGCGGCGUGACGACGGACACCGAAGAAGGUGGUCCGUUCCGAUACGACAAGAACUACCAGCCCCUCUUCCUCCAGCCAUCCAAGGAGAGAGAAGUCAGUGUUGCGCUGCGACAUGUCGAUUGCACCCUUCGCCCCCCGGUUCCGCCUCUCCCAACACAAGAGGCCAUGCAGCAGCUUGCCGAGCGGCACAUCCAGAAGCCCGAGCCCCCUCAGAAUCCAGGGUUCUACCAGAGCCCAGGUGUGCAGCCUCCCUUGGAGAUGGAAAAGAGCGGUUUCCAGGUGAAGAUCCCCAUCAGGGCAGCCGCAGUGACGAGCGGACAAGCAGCUAGAAAGCGGGCCACCACUGCUGGACUUCACUUUGACAACAACGGGCCCACUCGUCCGUCCCCAUACAACGCCACUGCGGGAGACAUGAUGAGCGACGGUGACGACUGGGAGACCGUGGCAACCAGCGUCGGUGUUCCAAACAGCAACCGGGGUUAUUCGUUGAACCCAUAUGCCGUCGGCGUCGGUGGCUACGGAGCCAAGAUCACUGGAAGCAGCAUAGCCGACUAUUCCGACGAGCAAAGCAUGCACAUGGGAGGAACCUACGACGCCUUCUCAUCCUCAACAGACCGCAUUAUCCAGAAUCGCCCAGCUCAGAGUGUUCCUGGACCAUCCAACCCCCGGAACCUCAUUCAGGCCGGCCGACCCAACUUUCCUCCUCAGCAACGAACACACCGUGUCAAUGGGUAUCCAGAGAACCCUGGCCGCAUUCCCACCGACCAGACGGAAGACAGCGCUGGAGUCUCUUCCAAGGAUUCAUUUGCCGACAAGCUUCCCCAAGCCUUCCGACCAAACGGCAUGAGGAACAGGCCCACGGCUCUGGGGAACAAAUAUAAGAGUCUGGGAAUGGCCUCCAAGUUCGACUUCCGAGAUUCUGCCGGUUCAGAUGGCCAAGAGGAGCGGCUCAUCGUCGCCCACGCGAGAGAGGAUCCCAAAGGAAAGGGGAAAGCAAAGGAGGAAGCCCCGCCCCGUCCACAGCAGAGCCGAUAUGCCAUGACCAAUCUGGCCUUCCCAACUUCACCCCUGCCACCUCCCUGGGCAGCUGAUCGAUGGGGGGCUCCACAGCCGGUGAGACAAUCCAGCGACGGGUUCUCCGACCUUAGCAGCCCUACCCAGUUCAGCUUCCCCCUGAUUCCGCUUCCGGAGGCUGCAAGACUGCAAGCUAGAAGGCGCGAGCUGGGCGAGGAUGACCAGACCUUCAUCGAAAAUACUGGCAGCAAGAAAUUGGGCGACUCAUCCUCGAAGAGUGCCACACCAGGAACUGGGAGUUCUGGCACGCCCAUCUCGGAACUUGUGAAGGCCCAUAUUCGGAAGGCAGCUGCCAUGGAGGCCCCACUCAGGCGAUUCUCUCAGGGCCUUUUCACCCGGCGAACAGAUCGGACCCCAGCUCAUGGCAGUUUUGGCACAGUUGGAUUCCCAAUGAUCCGACUCCGCAGCGCCACUCCUGACACGCCUAGUCGGCAGCACAAUGCCUUCAGACCAACCGCUGGCGGCCCCUCGCAGGGCACGGGCAGAUCCGCUGGCGGCACCCCGCGCAUUUCUGCGCACCUGCAGUCAAAAGAUCACAGGAAUCGACGGCACAACAUGGACGUGAACGUGGACAUGGACCUGCGCAACCUGGAGGCCAGGAGACGCCGCGAGCUCUGCUUCUAUGUGAUGGCAGCCCUGUGCAUCUUCCCAUUCUUUGCCCUGCUGGUCCAGAAGGGGGCAUUUAGCUCGGCCCUGUCGUGGGUUACUAAGGGCGAGACAGCCACGCUGAAUCGCGGCCAACUCCGCGUGAUCAAGAUCCUCAACUAUGUCAGCCUGGCUGCGUACCUGAUGGGUCUCACCAUCUUGGUCACUGUGCUUGCUAUUCGAGGUGGGCAGGUUCGUGGCUAG